UGGUGGGAGCAGGUCAGGGAUGUUGGGGACAAGGCCUCUGGGUGGGGGUGACCUUUCGCUCACAGCCUCAUUCCUGAUGAAGGGUUUUGCCUGAGCCGUCGAUUCUCCUGCUCCUCGGAUGCUGCCUGGCCUGCUGUGCUUUUCCAGCACCACUCUCUUGACUUUGAUCUGCAGUACUCACUUUCGCCAUGUUAGGGGGCGGGGUGGCUGCGCAACGACCUGAAUAACCCCGCCCCACCGCAGCCGAGAGGAUGACGGGAAGGACGAAGUGCGCAUGAACAGAAUGGCGGCCGGUUAACGGAUGCUGCAGCCGGGUCGGGGCUAACGGCUGUGUCCGCUAUGGGCUGGCAUCUAGUCAGCCUCCUCCGGCGAGGGGUAUGGGCAGUGCUAACGGGCGGUUGCUACCUAGAACCCCAACAGAGCGGCUUCUCCAAUGCCUUUCACCUGUAUCUGUGGAUAACACUCCUCGGAGCUCCGUUUGUGCUGCAUCUGGCUGCGUCUCCCAGCAAAGUUGCUCUUGGGAUUUAUUGUGGUAUGAUAGCUCUCCUUUUUACUGUGAUAAAGACUAUUAACUACCGGCUUCACCUUAUGUUUGAAGAAGAAGAAAUUAUUCAUCACAAUGUUCAGGCUGUUGCUUCCACAAAGAAUAGAACUGGAUCUGGAGCAAGGAAUAAUUGUGAACCAGAACUGAUGCCACCUUUUAGUCCUGGCAUUGUGGGUGUGCCAACAUCUCUGUCUACGCUGCUGCACCAAAGAAAAGUUGUUAGCUGGAACCCUUUCAUGAUCGGGAUCAUUCAAAUCAUCCUCUUUUGCUCUCAGAUCGGUUAUUUUGAUCACUGCAGGGUUGCUACAACAGGGCUAAUCUCAUCACUGUAUGGCUUUUCUCGCAGUUUACUUGCUGUAACGCUGCUGUAUGCUUUAUGUAUUGGCACUAUAAAGAUACCAUGGGAUGCUCAGCAUAUUCCAGUGUUAUUUUCAGCUUACUGUGGACUGCUGGUUGCUUGUUCCUAUCACCUCAGCAGACAAAGCAGUGAACCAGCUGCCUUAAUGUCCCUAAUUCGCUCUAAAUUGUUCAACGAGUUGGACGUCCAGAAUCCUGAGCAUCCUCUGUCAGAAAACAAAGAUGUUCUUCCUGAAAAGCUGAGGAAUUCUGUGAGAGAAGUCUUGAAGUCCGAUCUUGUUAUGUGUGCAGUAAUUACUCUUCUAACGUUUGCAGUCAGUGCGACUACUGUUUUCCUUUCAUUGAAGCCCUUCCUUGGUAUUGUAUUGUGUGCUUUGGCUGCGACAGUCGGAUUCUUGGCACAUUAUCUGCUCCCCCGGCUGCGAACACAAGUUCCAUGGUUUUGCUUUGCGCACCCUUUACUUAAAACAAAGGAAUAUCGACAGUUUGAAGUCCGAGAUGCAGCCCAACUCAUGUGGUUUGAGCAAUUGUACGUUUGGCUUCUUUGUUUGGAGAAGUACAUUAUCUACCCAGCUGUGGUGCUCAACGCACUUACCAAUGAUGCUUUCUCUCUCAGUAGUCAAAAGAAGCUUGGUAUACACUGUGAUGUUUUAAUGAUGACCAUGGCCAGUAUGAAGCUUCUGCGCUCAUCCUUCUGUAAUCCAACGUACCAAUACAUAACUUUGAGUUUCACCGUUCUCUUCUUCCGGUUUGACUACAGUGGUAUCUCUGAGACAUUUUUGUUGGAUUUCUUCCUGAUGUCUGUUCUAUUCAGCAAGCUGUGGGACUUGCUGCUCAAGCUUCAGUUUAUUAUGACCUACAUUGCUCCUUGGCAGAUCGCUUGGGGUUCAGCCUUCCAUGCUUUUGCACAUCCCUUUUCUGUACCUCAUUCGGCUAUGCUGUUCAUUCAAGCUCUUGUAUCUUCACUUUUUUCCACUCCUCUUUCUCCAUUCCUUGGUAGUGCCAUUUUCAUGAUGUCCUAUGCUAGACCAGUAAAGUUCUGGGAGAGGAAUUAUAACACCAAACGGGUGGAUCAUUCAAAUACGAGACUGGAUUCACAGAUAAACAGAAGUACUGGGGCUGACGAUAACAAUUUAAACUCCAUCUUCUACGAGCACUUAACAAGGUCGCUGCAGCAGAGCUUGUGUGGUGACUUGAUCCUGGGUCGCUGGGGAAGCUACAGCACGGGUGACUGCUUCAUCUUAGCCUCAGAUUACCUCAAUGCCCUUGUUCAUUUGGUAGAAAUUGGCAACGGCCUUGUAACUUUUCAGCUCAGAGGACUUGAGUUCAGAGGUACAUAUUGCCAGCAGAGGGAAGUUGAAGCAAUAACAGAGGGUGUUGAGGAUGAUGAGGGCUGCUGCUGUUGUUGUGAACCAGGACAUUUGCCUCACAUGUUGUCAUUCAAUGCUGCUUUCAUCCAGCGCUGGCUGGCCUGGGAAGUUACAUCCUCUAAAUAUGUACUAGAAGGCUAUAGCAUCAGCGACAACAAUGCAGCGUGUAUGUUGCAGAUGUUUGACCUCAGAAAGAUGCUUAUCACCUAUUAUGUAAAGAGCAUAAUAUAUUACUUGAUUUGUUCUCCAAAACUGGAAGACUGGUUACGCAAUGAAUCUAUACAGGAAGCCCUGCAUCUGUGCACAACAUGGAAUUAUGUUGAUAGGGACCCAGGGGUUUUUAAUGUGAACAUUGAUGAAGACUAUGAUCAUUGCCUCAAGGGAAUCUCAAGAGCCAGCUUCUGUAAUACUUAUUUAGAGUGGAUUCAACACUGCACCAGUAAAAGGACAAAGCCUGUGAGAAGUGAUGGAGAUUCUCUACUCGUUACCCUUUGUUACAGCCUUUCUGUUUUUGGCAGAAGAGCUUUGGGAACCGCAACACACAACAUGUCCAUCAGCUUGGAAUCAUUUCUAUAUGGGUUGCAUGCCUUAUUUAAAGGAGAUUUUAGAAUCACCGCCAAGCAGGAAUGGAUCUUUGAAGACAUAGACCUGCUUCACAAGGCCGUUGUCCCAGGAAUCCGAAUGUCCCUGAAGCUUCACCAGGAUCACUUCACUUCAUCCGAUGAGUAUGAGGAUCCUGAGAUUCUGUACAAUGCCAUCAGCAGCCAUGAGCAGACAAUGGUCAUCUGUCAUGAAGGAGACCCACUAUGGCGCCAAUCCAUCCUGUCAAAUGCAGAGGCUUUACUUGCACUGCGGCAUGUGGUUGAUGAUGGAGUUGAUGAAUACAAGAUAAUUAUGCUCCAUCGACGUUUUAUCAGCUUUAAAGUGGUGAAGGUAAAUAAAGAAUGUGUGAAAGGACUGUGGGCAGGACAGCAACACGAGCUGGUGUUCCUCCAGAAUCGCAACCCGGAGCGAGGCAGUAUUCAAAAUGCUAAGCAGGCCUUGAGAAACAUGAUCAAUUCCUCAUGUGAUCAGCCAAUUGGCUAUCCGAUUUAUGUCUCACCUCUCACAACAUCCUACGCUGGAUCACACAAGCAGCUCAAGAAUAUCUGGGGAGGUCCAAUAAGUUUGGAGAAUCUCAACAUGUGGUUCACUUCUAGGUGGCAGAAAUUGCGCAAAGGCUGCACUGGAGGUAACAUUGAUGAUUCAGAUUGUGGAGGAGCUUCCUCAGUCAGCAGCAACAACUACACUGGGAACACAACUCAAAGCAUCAGCUCCAAGCAAACAAGGGCCUGGAGGCCACACGCAGUAGCUUCGUUGACUGCUCGCCAGGCCAGGGGACGGAGGGAUCGGAGGAGCUGUUCAGUGCAAGCUUGCUCGUCUCAUUCAGAGAUCCAACAAUCACCUGCUAUGAGUCAGUCAGGGUCAUUGCUGGAAACAGAGCAGCCAACUUCACAGGCAUCAACAUCUGUCCAAGGUUUCGUUCAAAGAGUAUCCAACAGCCAGCUGUCAUUCAAUAAUUCAAUUGCUUCUAUGUUAUCUCAAGUACCUCACCUCUCCACUGCUAGUCAGCUCAGUAGCCAAGGUCAUUCGGGCACACAGAACAGGCGCAGCAUCACCUCCUCCACAAGCUCUACUCUUAGCCUCUUGUUUGGGAAAAGAAGUUUAUCCAGUGGACUUGUGAUAUCUGGGCUCUCAGCAGCAGAAGGAGGGAAUACAACUGACACCCAGUCAACAAGCAGUGUCAACAUCGCAAUUGGACCUUCAGUCAGCCAUGGGAGCCAGAUGACAAGGGGCACCUCUGAUGCCUGGUCAUCUCUGGAUGUAACGACUUCCAGCCAUCAGAAAGAUGCAACAAACACAGAUGAUGCUUUACAUUCUCAGAACGGAGACCAUAACUUGCAGGAAGAACAGAGGACUGUGGCUUCUCACUCAAUGUGAGACCAGAGGCACGAGUGAUCCCUUGACUGUGAAUCGCAGAUGAUCAGUUUGAAAUGAAACAGUAAAAUCUGUACAUUGUGAAAACAUAGAACUCUAGAGAUUUUGAAGCAAAUGGAAAGAGAAUUCACACAAUCCAGAAAAUGAUACUGGAGCAACCAUUUCCCAGUGGAAUUAUUCUGAAUCAAAUGCUAAAUAUGGCUUUGUUUAGAGAGGUGUAUGCAUUUUUCAUUCUCAAAGCUGAUUGCAACUCAUCAAAAACUGGCUAUUUGUGAAUCAUCAUGUAAUUUUAAGUGGCUUUAAAAGUCUUAUUCCUGCUUACUCAGCUGGACAGACUGAACCUGAAAUUGAUUAGCCUUCCUCAAGGUUGUGAGUUCCCAGAAUAGAUCUAGGGUCAUGUGUGGUCUGUUCAAUAAUUUUGACUAAUAAGUAGAUACCAAUAAAACCUGAUACUAGGUCUCUAGAAAGGAGCAACAGAACAAUCACUUGUAUUUAGCUCUGUAGUUAGAAAGUCUGACCUCCCAGAAGAACCAGAAAACUAGAAGGUUGUUUAUAAAUUACUUCCUAAAAUUGUGUGGCAUUCUACAGCUCCAGAAUCACUUGCAUAAUUUAAACCUAUUGAACUGUGGUUAGUCAACAUGGGAGUACUGUGUGUUGUUCUGGUAUCCUUAUUAUUAAAAAGGUUCUGAAGACACUGGUAAAAAAAUGCAAGAAAUAUUUAGCAGAAUGAUACUAAAACUGAGAGAUUCAACCUUUCAGGGCUAAUAAAAAAGGCGGGGUUUCUUACUUUAGGGAAGAGAAGGCGGAGUGGUGGCUGAGUACAGCUCUUUGAAGAUACCUUCUCUAUGCCUGUUGAAGCCCAUUAUAACUUUAAUUUUGGGGAAUCCAAACCUAUGAGCUAUAAACAUAUCUCUGAAAAACCAAGUAGGUAAUUCAUCACCUAGAAGGUGGUGGGAAUAUGAAACCCACUAAACAUGGAAUGAUUGAGCAAAUAUUUCAGAUGCUUUUAGGGGAAGAUACAUGUAUGAGAAAGAAAGGAAUAUGUCAAUAGAGUGAGAUGACAGUGGGGCAGGAAGAAAAUAAUCAUGCAUAAAUGGCAGCAUGGAUCACCUGGGCUGAACAGCCUCUUUAUUUGCUGUAAAUGCUAUGUAAAAUUAUAAAGUCGAGUAUUUACUUCUUCCAGGAGAAAGUGAAAACUACAAAUGCUGGAAAUCAGAGUCAAAAUGUGUGAC